CCCCCGCCGUCUCCGGACCGAGGGCCGGCGGCCGCCAUCUUUGUGAGGGGCGGCGGGCGGCGCAGACGCGAUGUCGAGGAGGAGGAGGAGCGUGGGCGGAGGCGCGGAGCCGCGGCCCAGCGUGGCCGUGACCGUGACCGUGGCCGUGACCGUGGCCGCGGCCGCGGCGGCGGCGGCCUGGCUGCGGGGCGGCCGGGAAGCUGCCUCGAGGCCCCGGCUGCUCCGCGCCGCCGAGCUGGGCCGCUACCGCGGGGGCGCGGGCGAGCCCGGCCUCUACCUGGCCCUGCUGGGCCGCGUGUUCGACGUGGAGGCCGGGCGGGCCCACUACGCGCGCGGCCGCGCCUACAGCGGCCUGGCCGGUCGCGACGCCUCCCGAGCCUUUGUGACCGGGGACUUCUCGCGGGACGGCCUGAGCGACGACGUGUCGGACUUUGGCCCCGCGCAGAUGCUCAUCCUGCGGGACUGGCUGCUGUUCUACGAGGAGAACUACGCCUUCGUGGGAAAGCUGAUUGGGAGGUUCUACAAGGAAAAUGGAGAGCCCACUCCCGCCCUCCUCCGGGCGGAGGCCACCAUGGCACAGGGGGUGGCAGCCAGGGAGACAGAAGACGGACAGAAGCAGCAGUUCCCCCCGUGCAACUCGGAGUGGAGUUCGGCCAGCCCGGGCCGCUUCUGGUGCUCCAAACAGAGCGGAGGCGUGACCAGGGCCUGGGCCGGGGUCCCCAGAAAGCUGUAUCAGCCGGGGGGGAAGAAGCCCCGCUGUGUGUGUGUGAGAGCCACGGGCCCCCCCACCGGCCAGCCGGCCUCCGCCAGCCAUGGCGACCGUGGCGACCUGGACGACCCGAGCCUGCAGGAGUACCCGGGCUGCCCGCCGCUGGCCAGCAGCUGCACCGUGCGAGACUGAGGCCUCGGGCGGCAGCGGCGGCGGCGGCGGGAGCUGGGAGAGGAAGGAGGGGAAGGGGAGACGCCGGGAAGCUCCAGCAGAGCAGCUGAGAGGGCGGGCAGGUGCCCUCCUCCCCCUCCCCACUGGCGCCCUGCCUGAGCAAGACCAAAGCAGGUGUUGGUAGUGGGGGCCUCAGAGCCGGGCGUGGGGGGAGGGGGCGCCUUCGGGGAGCCUGGCCUUCAGGCUGGCCAGCCAAGCCACGGAGCCACCCCCGACCACGUGCAGCGGCCGGGCCACCUAUGGGGCGAAUGAGCCAAACACCGUUGUUAAGCGCCCGCCAUGGGCCGGGCCCUGGUGUCGCGCCGGAAGCGAGGCCGAAUGCAGGCCGGGCCCACUUUCUUACUGGUUUUUCCUUCUGUGGUUUCUUUUACGACGUGAUCUACGGGAAUGGCAGGACUGCAGUUUGUACCCCUCCUCCAGCUGCUCGCCCUCUCAGCAAGGGGGGGGGGGGCAUUUGGAGCCACUUGGCUUUUCAUCUUACUUGAUUUUUCCCCCAGUUACAUUCAGAACAAAUUUGAUUUGUUUGUUUUUAAGA